CCCACUCCGCAGCCACCAUGUCGAAACGGAUUCGCAUCUUCACCGCUGAGGACGUCGCGGCGCACAGCAACACCUCGAGCUGCUGGAUUACCCGUAAUGGCAAAGUUUACGACGUUACGAACUUCUUGCCCGACCAUCCGGGGGGCGACGACCUGAUUUUGAAGUAUGCGGGGAAUGACGUCGAGGCAAUCAUGCGGGACCCGCUUGAGCACGAUCACUCCGACUCAGCAUAUGAUAUGCUGGAGGAGUGCUUCAUUGGGCGGCUUGGUACAAGUGAGACAAUUGUGAGCGACGACUGGGUCGCGGAGGACAACUUCGAGCCGAACAAUACGGAUUUGGCAGCGGACUAUGAGAAGAACCAGUUCUUGGAUCUCCGCAAGCCUCUCUUCCUCCAGGUUUGGGAGGCAAACUUUACGAAGUCCUACUAUCUCCUGCAGGUCCACCAGCCGCGCCAUACUCCCGAGUCACCUCGUCUCUUCGGUCCUGACAUUUUAGAGAUGUUUACGCGUACGGCGUGGUAUGUCGUCCCGACAAUCUGGCUGCCGAUCGCAGGUUACCUCUUCGCCCGCUCACUCGUGCAGUUCACGCUUGGGAACAAUUCGCUGCCGUUAUUCUCUGCCAAUCCUGCAGCGCCGCUAAAGCUGCUCAUGACUGUCGGCAUUCCCGUAUCCUCGGUCUUGAAGACGACACUCUGCUUCUUCUUCGGCAACUUCGUGUGGACUAUCUUGGAGUAUAUUUUCCAUCGGUUCCUCUUCCACAUUGAUGCCUGGCUCCCGGACCAUCCCGCAGCGCUUACGCUCCAUUUCUUGAUGCACGGUAUCCACCACUACCUGCCUAUGGACCGGCUGCGACUGGUGAUGCCACCGGCUAUGUUUACCUUCCUGUCGUUCCCUAUGACACAGCUGGCGCAUGCUCUCUUCCCGACUGCGGCGGCCAAUGGCAUCAUUGCUGGUGCAUUCGCCUUCUAUGUGUUGUACGAUUGCAUGCACUACGCACUGCACCAUACCAAGCUCCCAGCGUACAUCCGCGAGAUGAAGAAGUACCACCUGGCACACCACUACAAGAACUUUGAGCUCGGGUUCGGCGUGACGAGCAAAAUAUGGGACUACGUGUUCAACACAGUCUUGCCGAUGUAGAGCGCCUGCAGUCUGCGCAAUGGAUGUGCUAUCUUUGUUUCUGGAGGGUCCGGUGUUGUUUCUUAAUUGUUAGAACUACACUACACACCAAUCUGCUUCCAAUGCUGAUUAUGUUCACUUUCGAUUGCACGUCUAAUGCACAGUCUUCGUAUUCCCCGCUCCCUU